AUUAUCUCCCUUUUUCUCAUUCUCUCAGUCUUUCCGCCUCUAUUCCUUUUUCCUUUCCAUCUUUCUACUCUUUGUUUAACAGGUCAGUAGGUUUCUUGCAUGCAGAGGCCGGCGAUGGCCCUGUCGCCGGACGUGACUGGCAUAGCCUUUCGCGCUGACCAUCCCUCUCGCGGCCACCUAGCUGCUUGAAAGCAUGGAAAGUCCUGUCGAUCCUACCGUCAUCCUGCAGCCCCAGUAAGACCACGGACGGGCGGAGCUCAGUGUACAGGCCGGUGAUAUUUCCGUGGGAGUGUGAGUCACAGGACGAUCUCAGUGAAAGUAAGAGAGCAAGAAAGCAACAACAUUCCUAACCCAAGAUGACGCCCCGCAACCUCUCCGUGGCCAGCAAGUUCCUUCGUGUUCCCUGUGACUUUCCCACAUAGACCUCUUCUAUCUUUGCUCUAUGAGUGCCAUUUUCCACAGCAAGGAGGGAACAGGACUCAACACAGUUCACGGAUCUCGUCAAGAACAGCCGAGUGCCAACAAAAGAACCAAACUGCAAUAGAAACCGCAUGGACAUCCUUAUCACUCAAUUAUAUGCAGCACCAGUAGAAUGUAGUUGCAAAAAACAGCAUGGAAAGUGGCACAAGAACGUCAAUACUGCUAUGGACUGAGAUAACCACCGAAUAACAAUGGAAGUGAAAAUGGAGACAGUGGUAAUGUCAUUGCAAAAACACCGCCGGCAACAGGAGCCCAGGCAUGCUACACAUCGAGGCAAGACUGACAACAGAGGCGGAGAGAGUUCGCCCUGGCUGGCGUCCAACAUCGGUGCCUCGCGAGUUGGCAGUCCAUUAUAUAGAUUUCGAAGUGCCACGUCUGGUCUUGGGACUCUGGAAAUGAGGCAAUACAGAGCGCAGGCGUUGCUGACUGUGGUGCUGGCGGCGGCGGCGUGGUCGGCGACGGGAAUGCCACUGCCGGCGUUGGAGGCAGAGGAGAACGCCCUCAACGAAGUGUCAGAGGGCGGCCUGCUGGUGCUGGUGCCGACGCUGCCGCUGGAUGAGCACGAGCGGUCGGGACAGGACCUCAAGAGGGAGGUGGAGUAUGAUUUAAUUUCCAUCCCCGAGGACGUGCUCAGGAGGGAAAUCCGCCAGGUGGUGCAGCAGUACGGCACGCCCAGGUGAGCAAGAUUGCACGAAACACGGCCACAGGAACAGGCACCUGUGUGUGUACUUUUACGCGCGUUUGUGUCUACAUACACAUGUACACAC